ACUGCGCAGGCGCAGAAAAGGGGGCGGGGGACUCGGCUUGUGUGUUGCCGCCGGAGAGCCGGAGUCGGUUGUGCUGCGGCCGCCGCGCUCCCAGCCUCCCGAUCAUGUCGUCCCACCUAGUCGAGCCACCACCGCCCGUGCACAACAACAACAACAACUGCGAGGACGCGGAGCAGCCGCCGCCGGCAGGCCUCAACAGUUCCUGGGUGGAGCUCCCCAUGAACAGCAGCAGUGGCGAUGGCAACGGCAACGGCAAGAACGGGGGCCUGGAGCACGUCCCUUCCUCAUCCUCCAUCCACAAUGGAGACAUGGAGAAGAUUCUCCUGGACGCACAGCAUGAGUCGGGACAGAGCAGCUCCAGGGGCAGCUCUCACUGCGACAGCCCUUCGCCACAGGAAGAUGGGCAGAUCAUGUUUGAUGUUGAGAUGCACACCAGCAGGGACCAUAGCUCUCAGUCAGAAGAAGAAGCUGUAGAAGGAGAGAAGGAAGUUGAGACUUUGAAGAAAAGUGCAGACUGGGUAUCAGACUGGUCCAGUAGACCUGAAAACAUCCCCCCCAAAGAGUUCCAUUUCAGACACCCGAAACGUGCUGUGUCUCUAAGCAUGAGGAAAAGCGGAGCCAUGAAGAAAGGGGGCAUUUUCUCUGCUGAGUUCCUGAAGGUGUUCAUUCCGUCUCUCUUCCUUUCCCACGUGCUGGCUUUGGGACUGGGCAUCUAUAUUGGAAAACGACUGAGCACGCCUUCUGCCAGCACCUACUGAGGGAAGGAAAAGCCCCGGAAAUGUGCAUGGCCUGUGAAAUGGUGUAUUGUAGUUUAUUCGAAUUUGAGAUCAUUGUAAGCAUGACCCCUACCCAUGACCCUGUUUUUACAUACCCAAUUCCAGUAACUCCCAAAUCUAGUAUUUUAUUCAAACUCUGCUGAGGCAUUUUAUUAACUGUGUUCUCUUUUUGGCUUGGAAGACACUUUAAAAUUUCCUAACAGAGUUUACUGUGGUUUAGAAAUUUGCAAGGGCUUCUUUUCCUCAAAUGCCACCAGCAGAUUCUAAUUUUGUCAGCAAUGCUAUUGUCUCCUUAGUACACCAGAAUCAGACCUGUACUUCAUGCUGGAACUAGCCAUGUGAUCUCUCUAAAUGAGAUCAGGUUAGCAAACAAUAUUAUAAAAGCUUUGUUUAGUUUUUUUUUUUUUUCCAAAACAAAAACAAGCUUCCCUAAGCUUGAAUAUAUAAUUAUUUAAAAAGAGAACAUAAACGACAAAAAAAGCAAGACACAAGGGAAAAAAAAAAACCUGGGCAAUAAAAAAUUACUUUAAACCAGUUUUGGAACCGCUUUUUUCCUGAGCCUCCUAAUAACGCCUUUAAUUUGUAGGAUGUGGCCUGUGUGAGUGACAGACAGGAAGUGGAACUACAAGACAGAUUUAAUACCAGUGUGUUAUAUGGAAUAGUCUUUAUUUCUGAUAAGGAACACCUCAGGCCUAGACAUACAUGAAAUUGCUUUUGAGAUUUUGUGUGGUUGGUAUUUUCAUGUGUUAGCUGCAUGCGAAUUUUUCAUAACUUUCUUAAUUUUUUUUCUAAUUUCUUUCAUUUUUCCCCCCCUAAGAAGAGACUUUGGAAGGAGUCCAGUCCAUGGUGUUAACACAGGCUUCUUGUUUUAGGAAGCCCCUCUUAGAUUCUGAAGAAAUUUGCUUCAUAGUUACCCCAGCACUGUGUAACUUCAGAAAGCAGACCUGGGCUGUGGGAACAGUUGACAAAGUUCUGGGAAGAUGCCACUUGUUACCUCCUGGUUCCUCACUUCCUGGUGGUGACUGUGCUCUUCCCAAGGUGUCCUCAGGCUCUCUCAGGCCUGGGGAUUUUCAGACAUGGCCAUCUUUUCGGUUCUGUCAAACUCCUGAUGCUCUAGAACAUUCAGCAGAUCCCCUCAACGACGGACUCUCUUGUCUAUUUCUAAAAUGUGAAGCUUUAGGACCAAAUUGUUAGCAUCAGGACUGCAGAUUAUUUCAAGUAGAUUUUGUUGGAUUUCACAUAGCAUGACUCUGGAGAGUUCUACAUUUUAUAUAUAAAUCAUUACUGUUGAUGAUGUAGACGGUGUGGUAGUUGGAGAACCAUUGUGAAUUUUGAAGCUGGCGAUCUAUAAGGUGCACAGGUUGACUUGAAUAGAAACACUAUGACAACCAGGUUUGCCAGUGUGCUUCACAAGCUAACUUUCCUCUCCCAUAUAGAGGUUUAUAGAAUUGGUGUGUCAUAGGAAAUAACACAGACAAAUGAGAUUAAUUUCUAGCCUUUUUCAAGAACAUAGCUGUUUAUCUUUAGGAAUAACAGUAUUUCCAAAACAGUUUUUGUGGGUUAUUUUCUUUUUCUUUCUGGCAUUUGAUGUCUAAGUAAUUGUGGAUGUUGUCUGCCCUAUUUCUGUCUUACUCAAACCUGGUAACGCUUGAUUCUCCUUCUUGCCUAUUUAUUUCAAGUGUUCUUGUUUGAAUUUCUUUAGGAAGAAAGUAAAUCUGAUGACUAUUUUUUGAAAAGCCUAGUAAAAUUGGCAAGGCUAGUAAAACUAAGCUGCUACUACACAGUUUGUAGUGUGACUGACACCAGGAGAGAGAAGAGCAGAAUCACCCCUUAGAUAAAAACAACUUUUACAGGCCGUACACCGCCUUCUCACUAAAUUCAGUAGCAACUUUAUCCGUAGUGCUGUUGGACUCUGGGUAUAUUUAUGAUUUUUUUUUUCAGCAUUAAGACUAAAUUUAGUUUUGCCAUUUUCUGGAUGUACCAGUGAGAUCACUGAACAUGUCACGGUGGCGCUGACCAUCAGUGAGCUCGUGCAGCGCUGACAGGUGGCAGCCCCGGCACAGGGUCACAGUUGGCGCUCCUACCCAGACUGUGGUUGAAUGAACACAGAUUGUUUGAUUAGAAAGCAGAAUUCAACCAUUUGUUGAGAUUUAAGAUUAAUGUUUAAAAAGCUUUAUACCUGUUUACAAUUUGGGGCUGAAAAGCGGGCUUUUUUAAUAUUUGGUGAAAACUGGCUCAGAUGUCUAAAUCAAGAGAACAGCCACAAGGAACAGCCACAAGAGACUUGCACAAGGAAAAGUGGGACAUGGAACCCGACUGCCGUGGAAAUGGAGACUCGGCAGUGAGAUGGAUCUCCAAGGGAAGCGGUUGAAACGAUCAGAAUUAACUGAGCCGAAGUGAUCAUGCACCGUUCUUCACUCAUCUACCUAGUUAGCACUUUGUGUCAUUAUAGACCGUUUACAACACAUGGAUAACUGUAGCUGUAAACAUUCUGUGCCAUUAAACUCUCACAAAACCUU